UUAUAGUAAACAGAGACAGCAGUUUAGUUCUUCGUCUAUAGUGAACGGAUAAAGUCAAAGUUAAUGUUGUGAUACAAGUUAAGGAAAAAUACAUACAUAUAUUUACAUAAUUUUUUUCUCGAAACUAUGACUAAUAGGCUUUCUCAACUAUAUGCGAAACGUCGGUGGUUUGGCUACCUGGUCAUAGGAACAACUCAGGGAGCUCCCUGGCCGAUGAGCUGAUCGGAUGUGGCUUUGACCAGAAGAACCAACAGUAGAUGACAGAUGAAACCACGUGAAAACGAUUGGAGUAAAGGGAACUAAGUUUUUACUCGUUCUAAACAUGAUCUCUUUAACCAUAACAACCGGCGUAUAAACCGGACACUGUGUUGUGGGUACUCAGUAAAGCUCGAAUCUCUGCGAAUCAUUAAUUUCCUGAACUUCGUAAAAUGCACCUGUUCAAGAUACAUACCUAAUCAUGGCCACAAAUAGUAUGAAUCAACAGCAACCAACAGCAGAUAUAAAGACGAUCCCUUGCAUGAAGAGAAAAAUUAUCUACAAAAUUUUUGAGUUGUAUGACGAUCACGCGGUCACCGACGUAACUUUUAGAGUUUCAAACCCAAUUGCUUUAAUUCCAGCACACCGUUUGGUCCUCUCUGCCACAAGUCAAUACUUCAGAACUCUGUUUAAUAGUGAAAGUGGCAGUAAUCCUAUUAUUGAAAUAAAAGACGUCGAUAGUGACACAUUUGAGCGAUUAAUUAUAUUUUGUUAUAUGGGCGAGGCGCGGCUAACUAAGACAAAUGCGUAUAAAAUACUAAAGACCGCAAGACAUUUUCAACUGAACACAAUACCAAUAUCAAUUAUAAUGAGUUCGGCGCGGCAGCAUAGUUCAACUUCCAUUCUGAAAGAGGUUACAUAUUUCUCCGAAGUAGUAAUGAAUAAAAUUAAUGAGUUAUAUGAAGAACAGGAGCUGACAGAUGUAACCUUCAAGUUGUCAAACCCCGAUGCCUUAGUUAAAGCACACCGUUUAAUAUUAUCUGCCGCGAGUCCAUAUUUUCGAUAUCUCUUUAAUAGCGACAGAGGUAAUUAUCCCCAGAUUGAAAUAUUGGAAAUCGACAGCGAAAGCUUUCAACAAUUAGUCUCUGCGUGUUACACCUGCUCAGUGCCUCUAAGAAUGGACAAUGUUUGCCAAAUACUAGAUGCGGCAAAAAAAUUACAGUUAAAAGACGUUGUUGAUGCAUGCUUCGAUUACCUGAGAGAAAAUUUGGUGGGAAUAUCUUUGAUGGCGAUACAAACUCGAGGUUCUACGUUUGAAAAGCCUGUACUACGGUACAAUCCACGAGAGGAUAAUUGGGAAAAAUCUUUCAACAUUAAAGUGAGCGCUACAAAUUUUGGAAUGGUUCAUUUAAUGGAUCGUGUAUAUUUUAUUGGAGGCAUUAUUAAAGGCCAAGUGAACAAUCGUGCAGUUGCUUUCAAUAUACGAACUAAAGCGAGGACAGAGUUACCCACAAUGAAUCAUUCACGAUACGAUCUAAGUGCGUCAGUUUUAAAUGGUAAAGUCUACGUAAUUGGGGGACGAACGGAAAACAACAAAAUUUUGCAGUCUGUGGAAAUGUACGAACCAUAUACUGACGAAUGGAAAGAGGUUGGCAAUUUGAUCACACCUCGUUUCGGUGCUGGUGUUGUUGCGAUGAGAGGCAAAAUUUUUGUAAUGGGAGGAUACAAUGGAGGAGAUUUAAAGUCUAUUGAAUGUUACAACCCAAACACAAAUCGUUGGAAACCGUGCAAAGAUAUGUCUGUAGCCCAUUUUAUGCCUGGAGUAGCCGCACAUAGAGGUUAUAUAUAUGUCCUAGGAGGUUGGUCCAUUGCAAACCAUGCAGCAGUUGAACGAUACGAUGUGAACUUGAACACUUGGACUAAGGUUUGCUUCCUGGAUGUGGGCCGCUGUGGUAUUGGUUGUGUUUCUCUAGGAAAUCAUCUAUGGGCCAUUGGAGGUGCUUUUGAAGGCGAAGAAAAAGACUGUGUGUCUGUAUAUGACGAGGAGAGCGAUAAAUGGUCUAGUAGGAGCUCACUUAUUAAAUCAGGAGUAUACUAUUGCUUUACUCUAAAUGAUAUAAAGUAAAAAGAUUUAACAAAAAUCGUCACCUCAAAUACAUCAAGGUAUAAAGUUAAAGUUUUUAAUAUUGUACUUUCUUCGAAAGAAUUUCUAAAAUGACAUUAUUCAUUGCCCAACAUUUGAUAUGUUUUAGACUUCCUGCCAGAGCCCACAAUAAUAUAAAAUGCAUCUAAUGAUGUUUUUGAAAACAUUAUAUCAAUUCCUAAAACUUGAGUUUAAGUACGUGUUUUGAGAGAAUGGUGGUGUCUGUGAGGGGAUUUUAGCCAUAGCUAGGAUCCGGAAAUCUUUUAGGUCAACUUGAAGCUUUAUAACUCGAUGUAUUUGAGAUGCAGUUUUUUGCCAAAGUAACCAUUCCCCAAAAGUUUUAGUCGUGUCAUCGUUAUUUCCUGGUUGAUUACCUGUUCAGGCAGUUUUUUUCAAGAUUUAUAAAAUUACGUAUGUAUGCUGCAGUGGGAUCUAAGACAAUAUAGUUAUAUGUAUGUGAAUAUAAACCAUUUUUGAAAA